CCGCAUGUUGAGUCCUGCCCUCCUGCGCUCCCACAUCGCAUUCACUCGCAUGGUGCGCUCUGAUCGACAGACCCGGAGCGUAGCGCAGCGCAGCGUCCUCUCCUGCGGCCGUGGAUUCACCUCUGCACAGUUCUUAGGAUGCGUGGAUAUUUGCCGUGAAAGUUCUCAACGGCUGCCUCUCCUCCGUGCGCAUCCCAGAUACUGAACAAAAAAGAUUUUUGGGAGGAAACUUUUGAAACCACAAGAAAGCCCAGCUGACUGCAACAGAGCCACACUUUUUUCCCCUGCGUACGUACCAAGAGACGGAAGAAUGCAUGACCGCAAGACUCUUUGACAUCUUGUUUGUGGAUCUAACUUCAUAAUCCGGAAAGAAGCGGUGAAGCGAGCAAAUCUUCCACUCUAAUGGGAACCCCAACAAUGAGCUCUGUUUCUAUCAAAGAUCCCUGUGCUGUUUCUGUCCCACCCGCCAUCCCCACAUCUUCCUCUGCAGGAAUGACCUCCAUGUUUAGUCAGUACCUGUGCAACAACACCCUCGUUGAGCACUACUGUUACACAGGCAAGCUGAAUGGAACCAAUGGGGGCAAGUACUCGAAUGGACUCCAGUCAGACGCCAUUGCUUUCCUGCUGGUCUGUCUGCUCAUUGUUGCAGAGAACGCUGUGGUGCUUACUGCCAUCUGGAAGAACAAGAAGUUCCACAUCCCCAUGUACUAUUUACUGGGCAAUUUAACUCUCUCGGACCUGCUCGCAGGUUUAACCUACAUGAUAAACAUCGUAACAUCUGGCGCACACACACUGAAACUUACCCCUCUGCUGUAUUUCCUGAGGGAGGGCUGUGUGUUUGUCAUGCUAGCUGCUUCCAUCGUCAGCCUGCUGGCCAUCGCCAUAGAGCGCCAUGUCACCAUGGUGAGGAUGAAGCCGUACCAGGGCCACAAGCAGGGGCGGAUGUUCGCUCUGAUCGGAGCCAGCUGGGUGCUGUCAGUGUUCCUGGGCAUCCUGCCGGUCCUGGGCUGGAACUGCAUCGGUCAGCUCGAAAAGUGCUCCACUGUCUUCCCGCUCUACGCCAAAAGCUACAUCCUCUUCUGUAUCACCAUCUUCAGCGCCGUCCUCUUGUCCAUCGUGGUGCUUUAUGUGCGGAUCUUCCGCAUCGUCAAGUCCAACACGCAGCGCCUUGCUACUGUUCCCAAGCGCAAAGGUCUUUACCGUAAGUCCCAGAAGUACAUGGCCCUUCUGAAAACCGUCACUAUAGUCCUGGGGGUCUUCAUUGCGUGCUGGCUGCCCCUUUUCGUCCUGUUCCUGCUGGACUUCAGCUGUCCGGUCAAAAGCAAAAACUGCAACGUGCUCUUCAAGGCAGAUUACUUCAUGGGAUUAGCGGUGUUCAACUCCCUCCUCAACCCCAUCAUCUACACGCUGACCAGCAGGGACAUGCGGAAGGCCAUCCUCAAGCUGCUCUGCCACCGCUGCCUCCUAACCGCAGACGGGAGGAUGAAGAAGUUCGGCUUGGCCUUCCUCGACUUCAGCACCACUAAGACGGACGCAACUUCCCACAGACCGGAGGGAAUGGAGACAACGGUUUCCUCUGGGAACCUUCCUUCAACUAUUAAAGUUAUUUAUCCAAGGAUAUCCAAGAUAUAACACUCUGACUCAGGACUGAGAGCAAGCAUGCAGACUGAAAACUGAUCAUCCUGUGCUUCCAUCUGUGCUAUAGACUCAUAUUUAAAGAAAUAUCUGAAGGAGGAAAUGGUGUUGCACUUUGAGAUGAUUCUAGUUUUAAAAGGAUCCAUGUGUGUAAAGCUGGGAGAAAGAACUUUUUUUGUUGGAUUUAUAUUUAUACCACUUCUAUAGAGACGUCUGUGCCUUCGUCGUAGCUGAAAGUUUGUCUUUUUAAAAAAACUAGCAUUACCAAUGACCAGACUGUUAAACAAGGCCAGUAUUAAUCAGAGGGAGUUCCUUCUGAGAGAAAACACAGAUCGUCAAGAAAAGUCCGAGACCGUGUGUUGACGUUUUACACCAUCUGCAUCUGCGCAUCUGAUGAAGAAGGGAAAGCCCAAGCUCGAAAUUUAGGGUUAUCUCCCACUGCCUUUGUAGCAUAUAAUGACACGUUGUCGUGAUCACGGAGCAUCCACACCCAAAAAGCAGCGGCUGCCAAACCAAUGAAAUCCUUGCCAUGUGAGUUUUGGUCAGCGCUGAGGCCCGGGGACAUCAGAGGCUCUAAAGAUGUCAGACUGCGGGGGCCAGGGCUGGGUGGCUUUUCAGCUUUGGAGGUCCCUCCAACACAUGUAGCAACACACGACCGGAGCCAUAAAAGCUGACAGCCGAGGCUUGGAGACGCCUUCUGACGUGUGCAGACGGGAGCGUGGCAGAUAAACGUUAUAGCUUUAUAGACAUUUCUUUUAGAGCAAACUCGUCUUUAUUCUGUGAAAUGAUACGCAAGGACUCUUGCCGUGAAGGCCUGCCGGUAAGACUUUAUCCCGUACAACCGUACCCUGAUAUGGUGGGAUUCAUUUUAACAUUUUUUUUUUUUUUAAAUGUAAAGAAAAAAAUCUAUUUACUUAUAUUCAUUUUGUAAAUAUGUAUAAUCUCCAUGUGUUGUCUUCUUUUAUAAAAGCCCUACAUAAAUUAUGCCAGUUUUAUAUGUGCACUGAAUAAAAGUAUGUGAAUGAUUUUUA